GGAAUAAAAACAAAAGAAAAGGAGAGUAAAGUCUUUCUCCUCUCCCGUAUCUUUCUCUAUCCACAUAGCUCGAAGCAGCAGCGGCGGCAACAAAGUGGUAGGAAAAAAAGAAAUGGAGCAGCAGGGUAAACAAGGAGUAAUUGUGUCCAAACUCCUACCCAAUCAAGACCCAGUUAAGUUCGUACAGUUCAAGUAUAAGGAAUUGGAGGAUGGCUUUAAGUCUUGGUUGUCCAAACAGUCUUUGCUUGUCGAGGCUGCCGUUGUCACUGCCACAAGCGGUGUUCAAGGCGCUGCCAUCGGAGCCAUAAUGGGCACCAUCACCCCUGACAUCUCUUCCUCUAUGCCAACUCCUCCUCAGGCUCCCCUCAACCCUCAAGCCAUGGCAUCUCUGAAGCAAGCUCAAGCUUUAGCCGGCGGUCCCUUAAUACAAGCUCGCAACUUUGCUGUAAUGACUGGAACUAAUGCUGGUAUAGCCUGUAUCAUGAAGAGAUUGCGUGGCAAGGAGGACGUCCAAUCUAGCAUGGUCGCAGCUUUUGGUUCUGGUGCCAUGUUCUCAUUGGUGAGUGGCAUGGGUGGCCCAAACAAUGCUACAAAUGCAAUCACUUCUGGACUUUUCUUUGCAUUAGUUCAGGGUGGUCUUUUCAAGCUGGGGGAGAAGUUCUCUCAACCACCAACUGAAGAUUUGCACUAUGCCAGAACAAGAUCCAUGCUAAGUAAUCUUGGCCUCCAAAAUUAUGAGAAGAAUUUUAAGAAAGGGUUGUUAACAGAUCACACCUUGCCUUUACUGACUGAUAGUGCUCUUAGAGAUGUGAGAAUCCCACCUGGACCAAGGCUUCUCAUUCUUGAUCAUAUUCAAAGGGACCCGGAGCUGAGAGAGAAGACAGGGAAGCCAUGAUUGAUGAUGUGUUAAGACAAAUGGUUUAGCUGUGAGAGAGCACUUUGUUUUUAAUACAACAGAGAUUAGGGGGAGUGGUUGUUGUGUCUUUAAUAAGAUAGCCUUUUUCUCGUGAACUAUCAUCCUUCGAAUUCAAUUGCUGUUCUAUCAUCUAAGGAAUUUCUUCGUUAACAUCCUAAAGCUUUAAAUUUUGUUUAAGGUUUUGAUUGCUGUGGAGCCUUGAAUUGAAUGAUAAUACGCUUAGCUUGUAUAGUGAAUGCAGUGGUAGUGUCUAAACUCUAA